GGCAGCCGGCAUCCUCAUCUUCCUGCCGUGGUGCUUUGGCAUGAUGGUGAUGGCCGGGAUCAGUGCCCUGGUGCGGGACUGGCGCUGGCAAAACUUCUUCCUCGCCCUGCCCUGGCUUCUGUUGCUGCCGUUCCUGUGGUUGAUUGAUGAGUCCCCGCGGUGGCUCAUCGUCAGGGGGCGCCACUCGGAGGCCCUCAGGGUGCUGAAGAGGGCCCGCCCGCUGGAACAAGACCACCUUACCGCCUGUGAGGGACUUGCAGAUCCUUAUGGAGGAUAUCCGGAAGGAGUCCGCAGACAGCUGUGCCACCAAGCGGGAGAGAAGGUGGCAGAAGGUGUGGGAUUUCUUGGAGACUUUCGUGCUUUUAAUCAGGACAAGGAGGAUACGAAAAAUAACAUUGAUCCUGUUCUGCUGCUACUUCAUCACGUCUAUGGGGUACGUUGGGCUCUCAUUAGGGGGGGACCUCUUCAGUUCCAAUCCCUUCAUUUACGUUGCGAUCAGCGGCCUGGUGGAGAUCCCCGGGGCCACCUUCACCAUUCCUCUUGUGGAGCAGUUUGGAAGACGGUUCUCCAACAUGGCCUUUUACCUCCUGACUGGGGCUUGUCUUCUUGCCCUCCCCUUCAUCCCAACUUAUAUUGAGUGGAUCUCGAUGACUCUGGCUCUCCUGGGUAAGAUGGCGCUCACUGCAGCCUAUCAGGUCCUCUUCCUACACAGCGGAGAGCUAUUCCCGACAGAGGUGCGGACCUGGGGCAUGGGGAACUCCUCCACAAUGGCUCGUAUAGGCUCCGUGUUCUCGUCCUUCCUCGUCAGCGUGAUACCAAGUUCGUGGAGCAUCGCCCCGUUCAUAAUACUCGGGUGCUCGUGUCUCAUCGCGGCCUGGGCCACCUCGCUGCUGCCUGAGACCCGCGGCGCCGCCCUCUACGACACCGUGGCGGCAUUGGAAGCGGCGCAGUCCUUCAAAGGUGAUAAGGAGAAAGAAGAGGAGGGGGAGAUACAGCAACGCACCACCAUCACCACCACCACUGCCGCCCCAUAGUUAUAGCGAAAAUGACAAAGAAAAGAAUGAAUAGCGAUCUCUCUCUCUCUCUCUCUCUCUCUCUCUCUCUCUCUCUCUCUCUCUCUCUCUCUCUCUCUCUCUCUCUCUCUCUC